AUGCGACAGAGAGUAGGAAGGUCCAUAGCUAGGGCUAAAUUUAUAAAUACUGCCUUAUUAGGAAGAAAGAGACCAGUUAUGGAAAGAGUCGUCGAUAUAGCGCAUGUAGAUUCAAGUAAAGCAAUCCAACCAUUGAUGAAGGAACUAGAAACCGACACUACAGAAGCACGAUACAAAGUACUACAAAGUGUAUUAGAGAUAUACGAUGAUGAAAAGAAUAUAGAACCUGCUCUCACGAAAGAGUUUCACAAAAUGUACUUGGAUGUCGCUUUUGAGAUAUCGUUACCUCCACAAAUGACAGCACUAGAUGCUUCACAACCGUGGAUGCUAUAUUGGAUUGCUAACUCAUUGAAGGUAAUGGACAGAGACUGGCUUUCAGAUGACACCAAAAGAAAAAUUGUAGAUAAGCUCUUUACUAUUAGUCCUUCAGGAGGACCCUUUGGUGGAGGUCCUGGCCAAUUAUCUCAUUUGGCCAGCACUUAUGCUGCAAUUAAUGCUCUCUCCCUUUGCGAUAACAUAGAUGGAUGCUGGGACAGAAUUGAUCGAAAAGGAAUUUACCAAUGGCUGAUAUCGUUGAAAGAGCCUAAUGGAGGAUUCAAGACCUGUUUAGAAGUCGGAGAAGUGGAUACAAGAGGUAUAUACUGUGCCUUGAGCAUAGCAACCUUAUUAAAUAUUCUUACAGAAGAGCUUACAGAAGGUGUGUUAAACUAUUUGAAAAAUUGUCAAAAUUAUGAAGGUGGAUUCGGCAGUUGUCCUCACGUAGAUGAGGCACACGGAGGCUAUACUUUCUGUGCUACAGCUAGUCUAGCAAUUUUAAGGUCCAUGGACCAAAUAAAUGUUGAAAAGCUUUUAGAAUGGUCUAGUGCUCGUCAAUUGCAAGAAGAACGAGGAUUUUGCGGAAGGAGCAACAAACUUGUUGACGGUUGCUAUAGUUUUUGGGUUGGAGGUUCGGCUGCCAUUCUUGAAGCUUUUGGAUAUGGCCAAUGCUUCAACAAACAUGCUCUUCGGGACUACAUAUUGUACUGUUGCCAAGAAAAAGAGCAACCUGGUUUGAGAGAUAAACCAGGGGCCCACUCAGACUUUUACCAUACAAAUUAUUGCCUAUUAGGACUGGCUGUUGCGGAAAGUUCAUACAGUUGCACUCCUAAUGAUUCUCCACAUAAUAUUAAGUGUACUCCAGACCGCCUAAUUGGAUCAUCGAAACUUACUGAUGUCAACCCUGUCUAUGGUUUACCAAUAGAAAAUGUAAGAAAAAUUAUCCACUACUUUAAAUCCAAUUUAUCUUCUCCAAGUUAA